AUGCAUGAGGAGGCAAGAGGUUUCUAUAAUAACUAUAGCCGCAUUAAGGGGUUUGCAACAAGACAAGGAAAGAAGGUAAGAAAUAUUGUCGGAGAGAUUGUUAGGUACACUUUUGUCUGCAAUAGAGAGGGGUUCAGAGAGAAGAAAUGGUUGGAGAAGACUGAUAGAAAGAGGGAGCAUAAAGUGGUAACUCAAUGUGGUUGUGUGGCUGAGAUGAGGAUUAAGAGGAAAGACGGUAGCGGAAAGUGGUAUGUCUCACGAUUUAUUGAUGAGCACAGUCACGAGUUGCUGCUGGGGAAGUUUGUUGAUUUCUUGAGAUCACACAGGAAAAUUUCAGAGGUUGAGAUUGCUCACCUAACCAUCAUGCGGGAUAUAGGAAUUAUCAUUCCGAAGAUCUAUGAAUCGUUUGCAGCCCAGCUUGGUGGCUUCAACAUGGAUAGAGAUGUAAAUGCGGCAAUUCGAUUCCUAGAAGGUGUUGGUCGUGUUGAUGGGAAAAUGUUUUGGAGGCAUAGAUUAGGUCUUGAACAACACUUGUGCGACUUGUUUUGGAGUGAUGGGCGCAGUCAGUAUGAUUAUGGGGUAUUUGGUGAUGUGCUGGCAUUCGAUGCGACCUAUGGGAGGAACAAAUACAAUCGACUCGUAGUGGUGUUUUAUGGGGUUAACCAUCACAACCAGACCUGCGUAUUUGCCACGACUUUAGUGUCAUGCGAGUCACAUGAAUCUUAUGUAUGGGUGCUUGAUCAAUUUUUGGAGUACAUCGAGACAAACGAAUUUGAGGUGAUGUGGGAGAUAAUGCUUGACGAAUGUGGCAUGAGGGAGGUUGAAUGGGUACAGGAGUUGUACAGGAAGAAGUAUUCAUUGUCAACUACUUAUAUUAGAGGAAGAUUCUUUGCGGGGAUUAGAACAACUUCUCGGUGCGAGUCUUUGCACGCAAAACUGGGACGGUUUGUGGAAAGCAGGACUCCGGUCUUGCAAACUCAGUUCAUAGACUUAGAGAAGUCUGGUGCCACACGAUUCACAUGGGAGAUGUUUUGGAGAUAUCAUGAGUCGCUAAAAUAG